AAUUAUGAAAAGAAAAACUCAACAAAUAGCACGAUAUGUAAUACACCCUCUUGAAAUGAAAGAAAAUACGCACAAAUGCUCCCUUAGGGUUUCUACCUAAGGGAUGGUGCGAGCUCUCAAAUUGCGUCUACCAACCCUCUAUUCUUGAACCAAAAUUCCUCCCCUGAAGCUGUAACGAUGGAGGCUGUUGACAGAGUACAAAGAGGAAACACCCAUCAAGGGAGGCCGUCAGACGAAGUUAUGAAGGACCAGGUUCUUCUCCAAAUGGGAUGGUAAUGAUAUAUAUGACAAACCCGUUGUGAGUGCCAAGACCGUGACUAAGUUCAAGCUUUGAUUUGAUGCAGUUGUCGACCCAGAACUCUUUCAUGGCAUCGUCACGCGCCACGCGAGUCUUAUCACUCACCCGAAGGCCCUUUUCUUCUUCUUCUUCUUCUUCUUCUUCUUCUUCUUCUUCUUCUUCUUCUUCUCUCAAAUUUGAUGCUGGGGUUUCCAUGGUUCAGGGAGCUUCCAGAGGAAUUGGCCUUGAAUUUGUAAAACAGCUGCUAGAGAAAAAUGAUAAAGGGCAUGUUGUUGCUACUUGCCGAAAUCCUGAUGCUUCAACAGGUCUUGCCCAGCUCAAAGAUAAAUUUGCUGAUCGUCUAAAACUUUUGCCCUUGGAUUUGACUGUUGAAACUUCAAUUCAGGCAUCUGCAUCGUCAGUUAGAGAGACAUACGGCCAUCUAAACCUUCUCAUUAAUGCGUCUGGCAUUCUUUCCAUACCUCAAGUAUUACAACCAGAGACAUCACUCAACAAAUUGGAAAAAUCAGCCUUGAUGCUUACGUAUGAGAUUAAUGCCGUCGGUCCUAUCUUAGUUAUUAAGCACAUGUGGCCUCUUCUAAAAGUUGGAGGUGGCUUUGGCACUGAAAGAAGUAAUGCAGUGGUGGCCAGUUUGAGUGCAAGGGUUGGAUCUAUUGGGGACAAUCAUCUUGGUGGUUGGCACUCGUAUCGAUCUUCAAAGACUGCACUCAAUCAAUUGACAAAGACGGCUGCGGUUGAAUUUGCAAGAAAAAAGGAUCCAAUUGUCUGCAUUUUACUGCAUCCCGGCACAGUUGACACCGAUCUCUCAAAGCCAUUUCAGAAGAAUGUUCCGAAAGAGAAGCUCUUCAGCAAAGAGUUCUCAGUGCAAAAGCUGCUAAGCAUCAUUGACAAUGUCAAGAGUAAUGACAAUGGCAAGUUCUUUGCUUGGGAUGGCCAAGAAAUUCCUUGGUAACCCAUAUCAAUUUUUUUUUUUAAAGAUUUAUUUAAGUAUAAAAUGUAAUAAUGAUACCAGUGACUAGUGUUGAAUUCAUUGAUUCAUUGAUUAUUCCUGAACACAUGCUUUUGGUGAAUAUCAAUAACACUCUUCUUGUUUCACAAUAGUA